AUGUACUUAGCGUGCGUCGAGAGACUGAAGAAAUUAAAAAGACGUACUAGACCCGACGUGGCGUUCACCAGUCGAGCGUCACACAGGCUACGGUUUCGUGUAACACUACCUUCUGUUGCCACUGUUUGCCACGGUUUUUGGGUUAGGAAGUGUGGCGGGGUGUCACACGCUUGUGCCACGAAAACGUACACGUAUACGUCAAAAUUUAUUCACCUUCUCACCAUAAAUGGAGGAAAAUUUAUCGUAGAACGCCGAUCGCAACUCGUCAGUUUUCAGAGCAGGCGUACACUCUUAAACGUUUUUAAUGCAAUUUCAUCGGGGACGAAUUCGAUAAACGUCGGUUUUCGCAAUGAACCCCAAGUCGUUAAUAACCGAUCUGUACCAUGGACCCAAAAACGUUUCCAAGCCGGCGCCGAGUGGAUACAACAAAAAAAGCAGGUUGGAAAAGUAGAAACUCUUACAUUUGUUCCUAAGCCAGAUGUACAGAAAAAAAUGUCUGAAGGUAACCAUGUAUGGACUAAGGGGUCCCAUAAAGGUAAAGGGAUCGCCUUAUUUACCAGUGGUGGAGAUUCACAGGGUAUGAAUGCAGCAGUAAGGUCAAUAGUAAGAAUGGGGCUUUACCUCGGUUGCAGAAUGUUUUUUAUUAGGGAAGGAUAUCAAGGUAUGGUUGAUGGUGAAAAAUUCAUUGAGGAGGCUAAAUGGUCAUCAGUUAGCUCUAUUAUACAUAUGGGUGGGACUAUUAUUGGUUCUGCAAGAUGUAAAGACUUUAGGACUCGUGAGGGACAAAAGAAAGCUGCUAAAAAUUUGGUAAAACGUGGUAUUCAAAAUUUAGUCAUAAUAGGCGGUGAUGGUACUUUAACUGGCGCAAAUAUUUUCCGUCAAAGUUGGGCAUCUUUAUUAGACGAACUCUUAAAAGACAACCAAAUUACACAAGAGGAACGAAAGAAACAUGACGUUUUAAAUAUCGCUGGUCUUGUUGGUUCCAUUGAUAACGAUUUUUGUGGAACCGAUGCUACCAUCGGCAGCGAUAGUGCUCUUCAUCGGAUUAUCGAAGCAGUGGAUGCCAUUGGAUACACUGCUUAUUCUCAUCAACGUACUUUUAUUAUGGAAGUUAUGGGUAGAAAUUGUGGUUAUUUAGCUUUAGCAUCAGGAUUAGCAACAGAAGCAGAUUACAUUUUUUUCCCAGAGAUGCCGCCACCUGAAGACUGGGUAGAACAAAUGUGUGAAAAAUUAAAAGAGGAAAGGGAAGCCGGAAAACGGCUAAACACAAUCAUCGUAGCUGAAGGGGCUGUUGAUCAAGCUGGUCAAGCAAUUACCGUUCAACAAAUCAAAGAAGCGAUCGUGAAAAAUUUACAUCAAGAUGCGAGGAUAACCAUUUUAGGACAUGUACAAAGAGGUGGUCGACCAUCAGCUUUUGAUAGAAUCUUGGGUUGUAGAAUGGGAGCAGAAGCUGUUUUGGCUUUAGUUGAAUCAACCCCUACGUCAGAACCUUGCGUAGUCACAAUAAGUGGAAAUCAAAUCAUCAGAUUACCACUUAUGGAUUGUGUAAAUAGAACUAAAGAAGUAGCUAAAGCUAUGAAGAAUAGGGAGCAUCAAAAAGCUGUGGAAUUAAGAGGAAAAUCCUUUCAUCGAAAUUUAGACACAUUUAGAAUGCUUACAAGAUUAAAACCACCGCAUACAAGUGGCCCUGAGUUUACUGUUGGUGUAGUUAACGUUGGAGCCCCCGCUUGCGGAAUAAAUUCAGCCGUACGUUCAUUCGUCCGAACCAUUGCUUAUCAUGGCACAAAAGUAAUCGGAAUUCAAAACGGAUUUGAAGGUUUCGCGCAGGGGACUACAGUAAACCUUGGUUGGUCAGAUGUAAUCGGUUGGGUCGCUCAAGGCGGUGUUAACUUGGGCACGAAACAUUCGGCCAUUGGAAAUCGUUUGCCGUUGAUUGCCCAAAAAAUAGGCGAAUUAAAAUUGGACGGUUUGUUGGUUAUCGGCGGUUUUGAAGCUUACGAAGGGGUACUUAGAAUGUAUCAAAAUCGCGAUAAACAUUCCCAAUAUAAACUCCCAAUGGCUGUUAUCCCCGCAACUAUUAGUAACAACGUUCCUGGAACUCAUUUUAGUUUAGGUUGUGAUACCGCUGUCAAUGAAAUUACGGAAAUUUGCGACCGUAUCCGACAAUCAGCGGCUGGAACGAAACGAAGAGUGUUUGUUGUUGAAACUAUGGGGGGUUAUUGUGGGUAUUUAGCUACAUUAGCCGGAUUAGCAAGUGGUGCAGAUAACGCUUAUAUUUUCGAAGAAAAACAUGCAAUUAAAGAUCUUCACAUAGAUGUAGAACACAUGGGCACAAAAAUGGCUGGUGGGGUUCAAAGAGGAUUAGUUUUGCGUAACGAAAAAUCCUCUCAAUAUUACGACACCGUCUUCUUACACAAAUUAUACGCAGAAGAAGGAAAAGGCUUAUUUAGCGCACGAAUGAACGUAUUGGGGCACAUGCAACAAGGUGGAACUCCUUCGCCGUUCGAUCGGAACUUAGCCACUAAAAUGGGAUCGAAAGUUGCUAAUUGGUUGGCCACUAAAAUUAAAGAGAAAGCAACUGGUCCUGAUACCGCUGUUGUUUUGGGAAUAGUUGGGAAACAGUAUAAAUACACUCCUGUUGAAGCGCUAGUUGCGGAAACCGAUUUUGAGCAUCGUAUACCAAAGAAUCAGUGGUGGUUAAAAUUGCGCCCGUUGCUUCAUAUUCUUGCUCAGCACGAAUCUGUUAAUGAAGAUGAAGGUGUUUAUAUGACCUUGAAAGGAUACGAACAUCAAAAGUAACUUAUGAAGCUCGUUGAAAAAAGAGGAACGAAUUAGAUAAAUUAAUGAAUAUGAACAAAUCUUUUCUCUGUAUUUUUUAGCUGUUAUUUUUUAACUAAAAUUAUUAUAGCCUGUUAUACAAUUAAUAAAAUCUUUAAUAUA